CCUGUUCGCAAGCCCAUUUGUUUACUUGUUUACUACCAACAUGCCGUACGACUUGAAAGGAAGGAAUGUACUUGUCACCGGGGGUUCAGCCGGCCUCGGUGAAUUGAUAUCGCUUACUUUUGCUAAGCAAGGAUGCAAUGUAGCCAUCAACUUUUUCAAUCGACUGGAGCCAGCGCAGAAAGUGCAGAAGGCAUGUGAAGAGCAGGGAGUCAAGGCGGUUGUUGUCAAGGCAGAUAUGACUUCUACAGCCGAGGCAAAGCGGGCAGUGGAGGAAACGAUUGAGCAGUUGGGCGGGAUUGACAUUGUAAUUUCUAAUGCGGGCUGGACAAAGUUCUGCGAGUGGACAGAUCUAGACGGGUUGAGUGAGGCGGACUGGGACCGUUGCUGGGCAGCCAACGUCAAAGUGCCAAAAGCCCUCCUCCAAGCCGCGAAGCCUGCGUUUGACAAGAAUCCGGACGGCGGCCAGAUGAUCACCACUGGAUCGAUAGCGGGCGUUAGCCAAGGCGGGUCCAGCAUGGCGUACUCGGUGACCAAGUGCGCGCAGUUGCAGCUUGUCAAGUGUCUUGCUGUGACGGUCGGCCCAAAGAUCAGAGUGAACACGGUUCUGCCGGGGCUGCUGAUGACAGAAUGGGGCCAGAAGUAUUCACCCGAGCGCAUCGAGGCGAUGAAGAAGGCGGCUGUGCUGAAGCAGGAUACGGACAUGCAGGACUGCGUCGACGCGUUUGUGAUGCUGGCGCGCAACACGAGCAUGACGGGGAUGCGCAUCCAGGUCGAUGCCGGGCUGAACGUGCAGGGAGCGUAGACUGCAGAGGUCAUGUGUAUCGAGUGUCUGACGUGCGUCU